UCGCCCGGCGCGCCCGCGACCCAGCCAUGGCGGCCCCGCUUCUGCUGCGGCAAGGACGGGCCGGCGCGCUGAAGACUGUGCUCCUAGAAGCACGAAUGUUUCGAGGACUUGCUUCUACAGUUUCUCUUUCUGCAGAAUCAGGAAAGACUGAAAAGGGACAGUCACCAAGUCCCAAGAAACAAAGUCCACCCAAAAAUGUAGUGGAGCCCCGGGCGAGGGCCACGCUCCUCGUCGCCCCAGCAGCAGCUGAGCUGUCUAAGACCGUCUCUGCCGCCGGGGCUCGCCGGCCGGGGGGGCGUGAGCGCGGGGUGGUGGCUGGCCCCGGCGCCCCGCUCCCCCAGGAAGGGCUUCCCAAGUCUUCUGCAAGAAAGACCGUGGCGGCAUCUCCUCAGAACGCUCCUCCUCCCGCCAGGAAGCCCGGCCCCGAGGCGCCACAGAAGGCCCGGGGGCCCGCAGCUUCUCCCUCCUCCUCCUCGUCCUCGUCCUCGGAUUCGGAGUCUGAGGAGGAGGGCCGCGGCUCCGCAGCGCGUCCUCGAGCGGCGGGCAAAGGCAAAGGCAGGCUCCCCAAGCCGGAGCCUCCCCAAAUGGUGGUCUCGGUCAAAGAGAAGCCGCACGCAGACCUCACCUCCUCCGAGAAGCCGCGCCAAGCAAAGAGACGGAGCACAGGCAGGGAGGACUCGGGUGCUGCCGCACCCCGAGAGGAGAGAGGGGGGCAGGACGCCAGGGGGCCGUGCUCACAGAAAGGGCUCAGACCAGGCGGCCCGAAGGGCGCAGGCCCGGAGUCCCUCGCGGUCGGGCGCUCCUCUGACCAUGAAAGGGUGCGGCUGCCGACCCCCGCUGCCAGCGGCCCGGGGCCCACUCCACAGGCGAGGGGUCACACAGCAGGUGGACCGCAGGCCGCCCCCGCCGAGGCCAGAGACAGGCCCGUGGAGAAGCAGGCCCUCCCCACCACGGCGGUGCCCCUGCUCGUGAAAGCAGACUUGGGGGAGCAGGUGAUAGACGGGGUCUUGAGGGCCGGAGGAGAGACACUGGAGGGUCAGGCGCCAGUGAAGACUUCAGAGCCGCUUCCUGUUGGGAAUAAAGGUGUUUUCGAAGACAAGACCGCAGCGCUGAAGCUUGAAGAGGGCGAGAUGGCGGCCGGCGCGGCGAGUGGCGUGGGCCGGCGGGACGCCACGCAGGAGCCGGCGCCCGCGCCCCCUGAGCCGUUCGACAACACCACCUACAGGAACCUGCAGCACCACGACUACACCCCGUACACCUUCCUCGACGUGAACCUGGACCUCUCGGCCUUCAGGCUGCCUCAACCCUCCUCGGGACGGGAGUCUCCUCGCCACUGACGGCUGGGCCGAGGGCUCACCUGCGCGGCCUCGCUGUGUCUCUGCUGCAACAAUAAAAGCUGCCGCCGUGUGUGCCCUGGCCUCCCUUCCCUGC